UCUUUUCUUUCCUUUGAACUCUUAGACAGAUACUGUGUUGUUGGUGUCUUCUAUUCCCUCUUUCAAAGACCUCCAGCGCAGAGCGUGAACUUUUUUUUUUUUUCGCUCUCUCUUCAUUCCCCUGUUCCCGACCCACUACCCCGGACGGACUAUCGGCCGAGAUGAGCGCCCCGGGCGAUUAUGACGCUGUGCGCAAAGACAUCGUCGCACAACUGAAGAAACCCGAUUAUGAUGAUGGAAGUGCAGGACCUGUGUUUGUUCGUUUGGCAUGGCACUCCGCAGGUACCUACGACGCAGAAUCGGACACGGGCGGCAGCAACGGCGCCGGGAUGCGAUAUGAAGCCGAGGGCGGCGAUCCGUCGAACGCAGGACUUCAGUACGGACGAGCAUUCCUCGAACCGGUGAAGGAGAAGCACCCCUGGAUCACAUACUCGGAUCUGUGGACGUUAGCCGGCGCGGUGGCGAUCACGGAGAUGGGAGGCCCCGAAAUCGAGUGGAAGCCCGGUCGGACGGACCUGGUCGACGACUCCAAGGUGCCGCCGCGCGGCCGUCUCCCUGAUGGGGCACAAGGCGCAGACCACCUGCGCUUUAUCUUCAACCGGAUGGGCUUCAACGACCAGGAGAUCGUGGCGUUGGCAGGCGGACACAAUCUAGGUCGGUGCCAUACCGAUCGCAGUGGGUUCGAGGGACCGUGGGUGAACAACCCGAUACGGUUCUCCAAUCAGUUUUUCAAGUUGCUGUUGAAGUUGGAGUGGACGCCGCGCAAGCUGGCGAACGGGAUGAGCCAGUUUGUGUAUCGGGAUCCGGACGCGGAGGAGGGAGACGAGCUAUUGAUGAUGCUGCCGACUGACAUUGCGCUCAAGACGGACCCGUCGUUCCGGAAAUGGGUGGAGAAGUACGCGGAGGACAAGGACCUGUUCUUCGAUCACUUUGCGAAGGUGUUUGCGAAGCUGGUCGAGCUGGGUAUUCGGCGGGAUGAGAGGGACGUCAUCCUCAACACAGACAACGUGAAGGGGGGUUACAUCUCUGCUCCGAAGAAGAGUGGUACCCCGACAGGACCCCCGAGGAAGUCGAAUGCCGUGCGGGCCAGGCUGUAGACUUCUGUCUGUUUGUGUGUUUUAUUUGGGAGGAUCAUGAUGCGAUACACGAUGGAAGAUUCCACGAUAGAGGGUUCCUAGAUUAGAUCAUGGCCCCAGCGUAUAUACUGGGUUAAUAGAAGCAAGUCUUGUUCCGAUCAAC